AGAAGAAGGAUUCAAGAAUUAGAAGAGGAGUUAGAAGAGUGUAGAUCGAAUGCGGUAUUAAGAGUGCAGGAUAGGUGGAUGUUGGAAGAACGAUGUACGAGAUUAUUGAAUGAGAGAAAUAGGUUGAGGGCCAGGUUGGAGAAUUGUGAAGAAGAGUUGAGGAGAUUACGAGGUGAAAGAAGGAGGGAGGAUGAUGAUAAUGGUAAUAGAGAUAGGUUGUCAG